UCAGGCUUUCCCCCAUUUCACACUCUCAUCUCUCUCUGUCUCUCUCUCUCUCUCUCUCUCUCUUUCUCUCACUGUCUCGUUCUUUCUCCUCUCCAGUACGAGAGAUGACAGGCAAUGAUUUGGCAUACCACAAGAAAUAGACCUGGCGUAUCAUCCCUCUUUAGUUUACUUUGUUCUCGCUGCCCCUCAGCUUCCUCCUGGACCAGUCGUCAUAUUUGGUUUGUUUCUCUCUCUCUCUCUCUCUCGCUCUCCCCUUAUCCCCACGUCUCUCUGACAUGAUGGUAAACCGAUAACUGACCGGCCGUCUCGUCACCAUGGGUGCCUGCCUAUGCAAAGGUCGCAAAGAGCUCCAGAGUGCUCCCCAGCAUCCCAUGGAGGUGCUGCAAUUCCAGCCUGUCAAGGGCGGCCACGCUCCAUCUAACGGCAAUAUGUCAGAGAAGAAGAGCAGCAGUAGUUAUGACAUUGGGGAGUUGGCCACUUCGUCCCUGAUGGGACUGGUGGCGAUGAUCAAGGAGCACAUCACCAAGCCAACGGCCAUGGCCCAGGGGCGUGUUGCACACCUCAUAGAGUGGAAUGGCUGGGGGGGCGGGUGUGAAAGAGGCGGCGACUUGCAGGAAGAUGAGCAGCUCUAUUCCCACCUGACCGACGAGAUCAAGGAGGCCCGCUUCGCCGCAGGAGUAGCAGAGCAAUUUGCCUUGGCUGAAACGGCCAUGAAUGUCUGGUCGAUGUACGAAGGUCCAGAACAGGUAUCCUCCAGCUUAGACCAACAGCAAGACAGCCACUUCAUGUCUAACUUUCUGUUAGAUGUUGGCAGCGUUGGGCUCCCACAGCAGCUGUACAGUAUCCACACAAAGGACAACAACAGCUACGAUGCUGGCUACCUGGGGCCUCCACACCCCGUCUAUUCUGUUUCCCCCAUAACUCCCCCCUCUCAGCCAGACAGUGAGCGGCGCCCCCCAGAGGACAGGAGGACUGGAGCUUCAGAGGCCACCACCGUUCAACACGUAGACAGCAGCUCCCUAUAUGAGGAUGAGGUUUUUUACAACUAGCAGAACAGAAGAGAAGACACUGUUUGGGGGACACUUCCAUCCCCACCUUUAAAAAUGGAGAUGAAACAGAAGCACUAAUUUUGGACCGGUGACUGAUCAAAAUUCAUGUAAUCUAAAACACAAAAUGAGGAACAGUUCUCAGAAAGGAGAGGAAUAAUCCCACCGCAAGGAAUUGGGAUGUAGACAUAUCUGAGUGAGACUUUUUAUUUUCAGUUGAAAUGUACAGGUUUUAGACACAGAUACAGUGUACGCAGAACCACCUGUAGCCUUUGAGAAACUUUUUUGAAUGUACAACAUUGUAAAUUGUCAAAUCAUGUGAACCAUGGAAUUGUACAUAGGAAAAUACAUCAGUCAAGAAUAA